GGGGCGCCCGCGGCGCGGAGUCCCGGCGGGAGCGCGGGCCACGUGGCCCGGGAACGCGCGGGCGCCGGCGUGGCGCGAGGCUCCCGGAGGCGGUGGGCGCCCUCGGGCUCGCAGGGGGCGGCGGGCAGCACCCGGGCCGCGGAGGAGGGUUUUUGGCCGGGAAGGGCCAGGCGAGCCGGGGCACGGGGGUGCCGCCCUGCGCUCCGCCGGCGCGGCAUGCUGCCCUCGGCCCUUCCGCGCUGGGGCUCAGGAGAGGAGGAGACGCUGGAGGGACGAGGCCCCUCGUCGGGCAGUGACCAGGGCGAGGCCUGGAGCUCUGGGGAGGAAGCCCCGGGGGAGCCACGUUCGCCCCCACAGGACAGGCACCCUUGGGUCCUACCUCUGGGCUCGAGGAAAUAUUCGGACCUGGAGGCGGGAAGAAGGAUGCGGGAGCCGGUGACUGGAGCUGCCCAGUCCCUGAGUCCUUCCUGGAGCUCCAGGGAGCAGCUGAGGCCCGGUGGCCCCCCAGGCCAGGCUGCUGAGUGGUCUCCAGGAAGCCCAGUUCCCCUUUCGCCCCAGGUGGCCCCCUCAGGGACAACCCUGCUACUACCCUGGGACCCCAACUACGAGACUGAAGCAGGACCUGGGCUGGUGUGGGGGUUCAGCUGCGGGUCGGGGGCCUCCUUCUCCACCCGGACUCUGUGUCAUCCGUCAUUCUGGCUGCUGUACGAGGCAGCCUCGGGCAGGGCCCUCAGGCCCCUGGCCCCAACAAGGCGUCACGAUGGAGAGCAGGUGCCCGGAGAUGCAGGUGGGUCCCUGGUUGCCCCAGCAGGUGGCCAUGUGCACCCUGGGUCUCCCACAGUGCAGAGAUUGCUGGGUGGGCACCCCCAGCCCAGACUCCAGUGCUGGCCGAGCAGUUUCUCCUCCCCAGGGUUCCCGGUGAUGGGCUGUGAAGAUGUCUUUUUCUCAGACCCUCUGCUGCCCCGUGGGCACCGUGUUCCCUUGUACCUGUCUGAGGCCCCCCAGCAGGUGAUGGGCUCCCUGCGGCUGCUGCCCCCACCCCCGGUCAUGUCCCCCUGGGUCCUCCCCACCCCGUCCCCUGGCUGCUCCACCACCUGGCUCAGUGGGCCUGAGCUGAUCGCCCUCACUGGCCUUCUGCACAUGAGCCAGGGGGAGCCAAGACCCAGCUCCCCAGCGGCCCCCUCGCCCCCUGCUGGCUCCUCUACCCCUGGCUUUGGCCACCCACAUCCCAGUGGUGGCCCCAGCAGUUCUCACUGCCCUGACCCAUCCCUCCCUCAGACCCCGGAGACCCAUUCUCCCUAGCACCCCUGGGGCAGAGUGGGUCCCCCACUCCCUCCCCCAGGCGGGCUCUGUUGACAAUAAAGCAGUGUUGGUUUGCAAAA